CUAAUUUACUGAAGACAAUGCGGGAUUAGUUUUGCUGUGUGUUAGUCAGGGACCGGUGACAAUUUUAAGAUUAUUUAACCUUCCGAUGACGAUCAUGGAAAACUGUGUCAGGUUUUUGUUGAACCUUCAGUUUUUGUUCCUUUUGUCAGGACUGCACUUUAAUUGUCCUGCCUUUGCAUAUCCUGCUAGACAUGAAACAAGACACAGGUAUUUUACAGAACGGGUACAAACAAGAGUGUCUCCAAGUCUGGCCCAGCAUUUUGAACAAACGCAACAGGAACAGCAAAGCCUGUCAAAUGUUAAACAAAAACGGGCAAAACCAGUCAAUGUGCAAUGUUACCCAGACCACAUAGAGAUUGUUGUGAACGCUAACCUUUUUGAAAAUGGAGUUCUGAUCGAGGGGAAUGAGUUGCACCUUGGAGUUGAAGAAGAAGGAUGCAGAGCUGUUCAGUCUUCAGCAAAUGAGUUCACCUUGGUUGCUGGACUCCAGGACUGUGGAGCAAAGAGAUCGCUGAACGAAAACUUCCUCGUCUACACAACCGUCCUCAUAUACUCACCACGUAGGGCUGCGGAUGGAGUUGUCAGGAUGGAGCAGGCCACCAUUCCUGUUGAAUGUCAUUUUGGAAGGAAGUUCAGUGUGUCUACUGAUGCUCUUCAGCCCACAUGGAUACCCUACUCUUCAUCAGUAUUUGCUGAAGAAAGCUUGGUGUUUGACCUGAAAAUCAUGACCAGUGAUUGGCUGCACAAGCGUGGAACCAGAGUGUAUUUCCUAGGCGGCAUGAUAAACAUAGAAGCAUCAGUCUUGGUCGCACAUCACACAAGGAUGAGGGUCUUCAUAAACAGCUGUGGGGCCACCCUGGGCCCUGACCCAAGCUCUCUACCUAGAUACGAGUUCAUUCAGAAUGGGUGCUUGGUUGAUUCCCAGCUGACGGGUUCACGCUCUCAGUUCAUGCCGAGGACGAGCGACGACAAACUCCAGUUCUCCAUCGAUGCCUUUAGGUUUCACAAGCAGGAGGGUGGAGAGAUCUUCAUCAGUUGUCACCUCGCUGCUGUUCCUGUCUCAGACUCUGCAGACACCCAACUCAAGGCAUGUUCCUUCAUCAAUGAAAGAUGGAGGUCGUCCGACGGGCCUGACUUGUUGUGUAGUCGGUGUCAGAGAUACGAUGGCGCUGACAGUCCGAAUCCCGGUGCUCUAAAGACUCAAGUCAGCAAGCCUUACAACACAGGCUUUCAUAAAAGUUUAAAGCUCCAUAAAGGAUGGGAAGAAGAAACUGCUUUGGCCCCACUGCUGGUUUUUCCGGGUAACCCAAAAAGUCUACCUUUAACUUCGAGAGUGUCUGGUCAUUCUGAACCAAGGAGACGGCUAUUGUCAAGCAGCAAAUGGAAGAGCAGGGUUGACAAUGGAAAUUCACAGAGAGGAAACAUGCAUGAAGACUCUCCUCUGGCCUUCACCCCAGAGGAAGAAGACCCAAUGAAAGCCACACCAGAAUCCAUAAGCACUGAGAAACAUAUGAGGGAUGAGAAGCGUCAGAAGGCUGCAGAACAGGGUUAUGGAACGUUUCUGGAUAAGACUGAUACAGGUGGCUUCUUGGAGUUUCCAACACCAGAACCCAGAAGCUUCAAGGAUUUCAGUUCAGAAGGAUCAGAACAAGAACCUAGAAGCAUGGAUGACUUGAAUGAAGGACCAAGACAAGGCCUCUUAGAGAUCCCAACACCAGAACCUAGAAGCAUGGAGGACUUUAGUCCAGAAGAGAAUGAAGGCUCAAGACAAGGUAUCUUGGAUAGCCUGGAGGACUUCAGUACAGAAGAGAAUGAAGGAUCAGGACAAGAAUCCAGUCCGGAGGAGGUGGAGGAGACGGAAGGAUUAGGACAAGGAUCUGGUGCUGAUGACUUGACCAAGGAGACUGUGUCCCCUGGGAUUCCCCUCCUGCUGGGUGACCUUGACGAGGCCACACCUGUCAACUCAUCGCAUGAAGACGGUAACCCAGCCGUUGCCAAUGGGGAUGACGUCCCUGCCACAAUCCAGGGGUUUGAGACCCCAGCUGCAAUACCUGGGGACCAGGGCCGUCUCCAUGGGGACGAAACACCCAGUGAUGUGAGCCUCCCCACCUCCAAACAGGAGGGUAAUCACACCGAGACAGCCACUGUGAGGCGCACAGAGGGUACAGAUGCUGACAUUACCAUAGAAGAAAACACAAUAAAUAUGCUUUAAACCU